UGAGGACAAAGAGGAGGGAGAGGGGUGGGGUGAUUAUGACGAGGAUGAGGAUCGGAAAAACUGAAUUUAUGAAUCGGUUGAAGAGGAAGCUGACGACUAUGACUUAAGCAUGAGAAAGGUUUAUCGCAGACAAACGUACGCUAAAGAGCUCUUCCAGACCUUGGAGGGUUUCAGGGACUCGUCUCUGCUCACCGACCUGACUCUGAGCACUGAGGAUGGGCUGAGCUUUCAGGUCCACUCCCCUGUCCUGGCUGCUGUCAGCUCCCUGGUCCACCACAGUCUGCAGGACGGGGAUGCAGAGUGGGAGAAGAGGGGAGGAUCUGUUGAUGGUGACACACAGAGAGAGGUGUUGAUGGUUCUGGGUCCUGGGGUGGACCGUGUAGGGCUGGCGGGGGUGCUGGAGUUUGCCUACACUGGGGUCAUAUCAGCUCUGAACACAGGCAAUGUGGUCCAGAUCCAGACUGCAGCUCAAGUACUGGGAGUUCCCAGAGUUCUGGAGCUCUGUAGAGAGGAAGAGGAGAAGAUGAAGAUAGGAGGACAGAAGAAGACAGAGGAGAGGAAGAUCUCAGCUGCAGAACAGAUGGAGAUCAGUCUUCAGUCCAUCAGACAGCUGUGGACACAGAGAGUAGGCUGUGAUGUCGUACUGGGGGUGGAUGGAACUUCUUUUCAUGCUCACAGAGUUGUCCUGGCUGCCAGUAGUGACUAUUUCAGAGCAAUGUUCACCAGUGGGAUGAAAGAAUCCCAGCAGUACUGUGUGACUCUCCCCUUCCUGUUGGCAUCGGAGCUGGAGAUCCUGAUUGGUUGCUCGCACAGUGGGUCACUUUCUCUCAAUUGGGACUGUGUCUUUGAGGUCGGCUGCACCGCCCUCCGGCUACAGUUCCAGGCCGCCUUCUCACUGUGCAUCGACUUCCUGCAACAGGAAAUAGGCGUGCACUCCUGCCUGGACGUGGCGUCCUUCGCUGAGGAGUUUGGGAUGGCAGAUCUUCUCAAAACAGCCGACAACUUUGUCCUCCGGAACUUCAAUAAGGUCUCAGUCACAGAGAAGUUCAAAGACUUGCCCUUUAAAAAGCUUUGUAUGUUCCUGAGAAGCCCCCACCUCUGUGUGUCUUCUGAACUUGUCGUAUUUAAGGCAGUGAUGUCCUGGAUCGGGGUCAAUCCCACGACCAGUCCUAAACUAAUUAGAAAACUGCUGAAAACGGUUCAGUUCCCUUUAAUGACCUUCCCAGAUAUCAAAGAGAUCAAAGCCAUGAAGACAUGGACUGAUUGCAACUCUGUUUAUCUCUUGAAGACUUUACUGAAAGAGUUCUGGUCCUAUCGCUUUGCCUCAGACAACCAUUACAGGAUCUACCUACCCACAGAGACAUUGGUCUUGGUAGGUGGAAACCAGUUAUCUGAGGAUACACAGAUACAUAUUCCUACUCGAGAGUUGUGGUUUGGUAAUUCCCUGAGGAACCAUAUUGGCAUUGUGAAGAGUGUGGAGUGGAGGAAGCUGGGAGAGAUACCAGAGACACCCAGGGUUAGUCAUGAGGUGGUGGUUCUGGAGGGGAAGUUGUACGUGGUUGGAGGCAGGAAGUUCUGGAACAGAUCGGACGCCCUGAGCUCAGCCUGGCGGUACGACCCAGCUCCAAAUGAAUGGCAGAAGCUGGCCGACAUGCAGGAGCCAAGGUGCUCCUUCUCUGUGGUUGGUGUGGAUGGUUUGAUAUAUGCCAUAGGAGGAGACUUCGAAUACCAGGCUAACUUUGACAGGGUGGAUCGCUACUGCCCAAAGACAGACUCCUGGAGCUCCUGCAAACCUCUGGACUCUGCCUUGAGCGGCCACUCUGCCUCAGUGCUGGACGGCCAGAUCUUCAUCUCAGGAGGCUUCAACUGCAACUAUGAGUGUCAAGUGUCCAUGUUCCUCUACCACCCAGAGAGAGGAACCACCUACCUGACUGACAUGAUCCAACCCCGGGCCUUACACUGCAUGGAGACCCUCAAUAACCGCCUGUACGUAACAGGUGGUAUCUCCGCUGAUGCCCAGAGGGGCUACUUUGACCAGCUGUCCUGUGAGGUGUACGACCCUGGGAGGGACUCCUGGAGCUCCAUCUCCCCCCUGACCGUCCCUCACGUUGGCCCAGCCUCGGCAGUCCUGGAGGGGAAGCUGUACGUGCUGGGAGGGUACUGCCAGGAGGACAACAGGGAGUCCAAGCUGGUGCACCGCUACGAUCCCAGCAGCCAGUGCUGGGAGAACAUGGGCAGUAUGCCUGGACCCAGCAUCGCUUUACAAGCAUGUGUGCUUUCCCUGCCGGCACAUCUGAGACAAUUACCUCAUUAAGUUAACCAGUGUAGUUUCAUGCACCAUUGGAAUUAGAGGGAUUUUUUGGGCACUUUAGUUUAACAGAAAAAUACUAAUGAUCAUGAUUGUAUUUCAGAAACUUCAGAAAAAGAAAUCUAUGUCAGCUCCAGUUAGCAUGUAGCUUAUGGAAAGUAUUGUGGACGGGCUCAAUGUAUUCAAAGCUUGACAUUUACCUGAAACAACAUAGUCAGUAAGACUGAUUUUGUUGUUUAUUUUUUUUCAGGUAUUUUACAAGGGGUGUUGUUUGUUUUUUUUGUCCAGCUACUAAAGUGAGUGGGAGUCACAUGGCUAAACGGUGAGGGAGUCGGGCUAGUAAUCAGAAGGUUGCCGGAUCGAUUCCCCGCUGUGCCACAUGAUG